AAUUCAAAGACCAUCCCUUUUACUUUCUCUCUCACCUUUGACACGUAUUUGAAUACCAAACUUCUAUAUAACCACUAAGAUAGACCCAUCAUUAUUCAUUUUUCAUUAACAAGUUAGUGCUAUCUCUUUUUCUCGGAGUAAGACUUCAAUUCAUAGCUCAAAUAUAUACACUUCUCCAUAAGCUAUAACAACAAAGGAUUAAAAAAAAAGGGUAGAUUUCAAUUUCAUCAAAAGAAUCGAAAUUGGUGUGAAUCAAAAGCUCUUGGGAUUAUCACUCUUUGGUCUAUCAUUCACUCUUCUUCUUGUAGUCCUUCAGUUGAGUUUUUUUUUUUUAAGUAGGUAGAAUUUUUUCCAUUUUAAAUUUAGAAUUUUUUAAAUAUGGCCUCUUCUUCAACCUUCACCCUUCCCAUUUUUAUUUUUAUUUCCAUGUUAUUCUGCCCAGCACUGUCCGUCGCGUCUGGCCUCAAUGUCAGUGAGGUCAUGACGAAACAAACAGCGGCGGGGGCGGGGGACAGCCUACACGUAACUGCCGGAAUCUUUUCGGAUUUAAAACUUGAUUUAGAAUUAGAAGCACGUUCGGCGUUCACACUGUUUAUUCCAGUGGACGCCGCCUUUACCGACCGGGUAAAUUCUAAGCUUGAUUCUAUAAGUGUAUCACUUUUAUAUAUUUUGAUGAAGGCACAUGUCGUGAGACAGUACCUUCCUCCUGAUUUCCUCCGGGCAUUGAAUACAUUCUCCCCUCCCACCCUUGCAAGUGAAGCCAUGGGGCUUUCCUUAUACCAUCUUAACAUUUCGGUGGGUCAGACCUCUACGGUGAUGAUAAGAAUGGGAGCUGUUGAAGCCGUAGUCAAGAACACGGUUUAUUUCAAAUCUCCCAUUGCCAUAUAUGCCAUCUCAAAGGUUUUAUUACCUGUUGAGAUGUUUGGCAGCGGUGAUGUUUCUCCCCCUCCUCCUCCUCCUCCUCCUCCACCUCCACCUCCUCCUCCUCCUCCCCCCCCUCCUCUCCGCUCAGGACAGCCUCCACAGCUUUCUCCUCAGAUUGCUUUGGUGUUUUUUAUUUUAGGUGUUUGUUAUGUAUUUUUUUUAUUUGGUUGAGUGUUAUGUUAUGUAUUUUUUUUGUGUGAAUGUACAAAUUUGAAUUAUAUAAAUGAAGUAUUAAGUUUGUUCAUUUAAUUUGUUAUUUAAGUUUGUUCAUUACAUAAUAAACGUUACCUGUUUUAUUCACAAAAAUUGACUAUUAAAUAUUGAAAAUAACAAACAUAAAUAUUCACAAAAUUUGACUAUUUUUUUGUCAAAAAUAAAAGUAAA